GCCUUCGUCAUGGGCGUCGCCGAGCAGGGAACCCAGAAAGAGGAGGAGGAGGAGGAGGAAGAUGAGAAGUUGGUGAGGAGGUGCCUGGUGGGGGGAAAAUGGCUGACUUUCUGAAAGGAUUGCCAGUUUAUAACAAAAGCAACUUCAGCCGAUUCCAUGCAGAUUCUGUAUGCAAAGCAUCGAACAGAAGACCUUCAGUUUACCUUCCGACACGGGAAUAUCCAUCAGAACAGAUAAUUGUCACAGAAAAGACAAAUAUACUCUUGCGUUACUUACAUCAGCAGUGGGACAAAAAGAAUGCAGCAAAGAAAAGAGAUCCUGAGCAAGUGGAAAUAGAAGGUGAAAACUCUGCCCCACCUCGCAAAAUUGCCCGGACAGACAGCCAAGAUAUGAAUGAGGACACUUAAAAUUCUCUCCAGUCUUCUGUGUUAAAAUUUACAGGCGCUUCCUGUGUGGGUUUUAUUUUUUUUAUUUUUUUCUGUGUGUCUUUCAGUGUGUACACAGGCACGCACAUGUACAUACACACUCACGCACACUUCCGUCAGCCCUCUGCCUUCCCCGUCUCUUCCUCCUGCCCUCCGUCGUGCAGCCUAUACCACUUCUGACUUAGUAGAAGCCAAUGUAUUUAUUUUUGGGGUCCGGGAGGGAGGUUUCUUUUUCCAUUUUUUUUUAUUAUUUAUGCGUGCGCGCUCUCGCACUCUCUCAAGUUCAGAACCAAUCGGAAAGUAAUGAUGUUUAAUCUGUGAUCAGUGCUUUUUUAAAAAAAACAUGAAAAAAAAAAUCCACUUUUGUGGCUACCCCCUCCCCCCCCUUUUUUUUGGAGAAAGGAGCUGCUUUCUGAAGAAGGAGCUCAGUUCAUGCUGAUGGCACGCCCUCCGCAUUGUCUCCUCUGUUCAUACUAUCAAGAAUUUCCAUCUCACAAUUACUGUACAACUACUGGUGUGUCAUGACUUACCAUUGUUUCGAUAACAGGAGGAACUCGUAAGGUGGGGGCUGGGGUCGGAAUGCUUAUUUCUUACCCAUCCUUCUCUGGGCAUAUUCCUUCCUGCAUACCAUUUUCUAUAUUCCAGCAACAGUGAGAGGUGGGGUCAGGUUGUUUGUGGUGGUCUCUCUUCAGCUGAUGAUCUCUAGUGGAGAUUGUACCCAUUUUGCUGGCAAAUGUUGUGUUAUCAUGUUACCUUCUCUGGCCUGUCCUCCUCCUCCCCACCCUCUGGCUCCCCUCUCACCCUGGGAAACUCAUUAGCACAUCGGGUCGUAGAUAGCAAACAAAAACCCACUUGGGCUUCCCGGCAUCUCUUUGGUACCACUCUUUGGACGGACCAGUUCUGUGCAACUUUUCAAGUAGAAUAAAGCGGGAUAUUUCUCACCACUUUCGACGAGUUCUUGUUUUAAAAAAGAAAAAAAACUCUUGUUGGAAACUCUAGGCCAAGGGCCAGCAACAUGGCUUUCUGGAGCUGCCUGCAGUUCCGAGAUUAGUUGCAAACCCCUCGUGCAAGAAAUCAGAUCCCUGGUAAGGGGUCAGCGUCCUUUCUUGCAGCCUGCUGCUUGAAAGAGAGAAGUGUGCGUGUCAGAGAAUGUGUGUCUGUCAGAUGUUUGCAAAACGUUUCAAGGUCAUUGCCUUGAUUUUGAAAUUGAUCCUAAAUCUGAUUUGAAGUUGGAAUGCUCUUGGUAGGAUUGGUACAAGGCAGAAUACUCAUUCUAAGGUUGGAAUAUCUGUACGACCAAAACAUUUUAACCUUAUAAAUAAUUCUGCGCACUUUUAGUCCCCACUUU